AUGAGGGGCAACAGCGGGCCUCAAGGAUUGGCGUUGAACGGAUCAUCAAGAAGCUCAUCCUUGUCGAGCAUGAGCAACGGGCGCAUUGCCGCGAUGCGCUCGCGAUCACGAAAUCGAGAAAUCUCGGAGCGAAAACAAGUGGGUGAUACGGAGAGCAUGAUCAACGAAGAGCCCAACGUCGUUCUACCUGGUGGAGCGAGUCAGUGGCUAGAAUGA